AUGUCACCACCACAUACGCCAUGCUCAAAGCAGAAGCAACGGGAGCGCCGAAAUUUGGAGGUUUCUAUUCUUCAUCAUUACCAUCCAGACUGGAGUUACCAGCAAAUUGCUGAGAAAACUGGUCGUGCCAAAUCUCAAGUGCAUAACGUCAUUAAGUGUGCAGAUCUCCGGGGAUAUCUCAAUGUUGGUGAUGCACCACAAUCUGGCCGUCCAUCAACCAUAACCCAGCAGACUCGGCCCUGGGUAGAACAAGUGAUUGAUGAGAAUUGGAGAUUGCCUCUACGUGACAUUGCAGAGAAGAUAGCAACCGAGCACCCAAGGUACCCCAUUAGCCAUAUGACAGUUAAGCGAAUUGCCAAUACAGCUGAAGAUUCUUUCAUGCUGCUCCGAACUCGGAAAAAGCCCUGGUUUCGACCUACCUCAGCACCUAAGAGAUUACAGUUUGCAGUCUCAAACUCCAGCCAAGAAAAUAUUGCACACUGGUGGAAGCGAACGGUUUUUCAUGAUGAAACGAUUUAUGUUUUCGACCCCAGUCCCAUUAACAAUUCUGUCCGCAGAUGGCAGAGUGAACUGA